AUGGAGACCCAACUCAAAGCCCCCAAUGGAAAGUCGUGGAGUCAGCCACGGGGCUUGUUUAUCAAGAAUGAGUUUGUCAAAAGCAGCAACGAGCAAACGCUGACCUCGGUGAACCCUACGACUGAGGAGGAAAUAUGUUCUGUCUAUGCAGCCACUGCCGAUGAUAUCGACCAGGCAGUCAAGGCCGCUCGCAGGGCCUUCAAGCAUCCCUCGUGGAAACAGCUGUCUGGUACGGAGCGCGGCGUUCUGAUGAACAAGCUUGCGGAUCUGGUGGGCGAGCAUGCCGAAGUUCUAGCCGCAAUCGAAUGCAUGGACAACGGCAAGCCCUACAGCGCGGCUCUGACCGGCGAUGUUGUGGAUGUGCAGAACGUGCUCAGAUACUACGCCGGCUAUGCCGACAAGAAUUUUGGCCAGGUCAUCGAUGUUGGCCCGACCAAGAUGGCGUAUACCGUCAAGGAACCUCUUGGGGUUUGCGGCCAGAUCAUCCCCUGGAACUAUCCCCUCUCCAUGGCCGGCUGGAAGCUCGGCCCUGCGUUGUGCUGCGGCAACACCAUCGUUCUCAAGCUUGCUGAGCAGACCCCGCUCUCCAUGCUCUACUUUGGAAACUUGAUCAGAGCGGCUGGCUUUCCUCCAGGCGUCGUCAACAUUGUCAAUGGCCAUGGACGAGAGGCCGGUGCAGCUCUCGUGCAACAUCCAGACGUGGACAAAGUUGCUUUUACGGGUAGUACUGCAACGGGAAAGGAGAUUAUGAAGAUGGCCUCCAGCACCAUGAAGAACAUCACGUUGGAAACAGGAGGCAAAUCCCCGCUGAUCGUGUUCGAGGAUGCCGACCUCGACCUUGCCGCUCGGUGGUCUCACGAAGGGAUCAUGAGCAACCAGGGCCAGAUCUGCACUGCAACCUCGCGGAUUCUCGUCCACGAGUCAGUCUACGACGCCUUUGUCGACAAGUUCAAGUCCACAGUCAAGAGGGUGUCUGUCCUCGGCGACCCAUUCGAGGAGUCCACCUACCAGGGACCUCAGGUCACAAAGACACAAUACGAUCGAGUCUUGGCCUAUAUCCAGGCCGGCAAGGAAGAGGGCGCAACGAUCGCCAUGGGAGGUGAAGCGGUCUCACACAAGGGGAAAGGCUUCUUUGUUAGCCCUACAGUUUUCACAGAUGUCAAGCCAUCCAUGAGGAUCUAUCGGGAAGAGAUCUUUGGGCCGUGCGUCGCCAUCGCCUCCUUCAAGACGGAAGAAGAGGCCGUAGCACUUGCCAACGACACGACCUACGGACUGGGGUCGGCCCUCUUUACCCGCGAUCUGACAAGGGCCCACAGAGUCGCCCGCGAGUUGGAGGCCGGCAUGGUCUGGAUAAACAGCAGCAACGACUCUGAUUUCCGGGUGCCGUUUGGCGGCGUCAAGCAGUCGGGCAUCGGCCGCGAGUUGGGAGAGGCUGGCUUGGCGGCAUAUUGUAACACCAAGGCCAUUCAUGUCAACAUGAGAGCGUAG